AUGGCACCACUUAAUAUCUGCUUGCCUGCCAGCAUUAAGCACAGGUACGCUGACCUGCGGGGAAGGGCCUUUAUUUUCCCCCAAGACGGCGUCGAGGCCCACGUCACAUUGAAGGCUGCCCAAGAAGAGCCCCUCCGAAACUUUACCAUAUGCCUGAGAUCUUUCACCAACUUGAUCCAGGAUUGCCCCCUUUUCUCUUAUGCCUCCAAAGACCAGUACAGAGACAUCUUAAUUUAUAAGACAUAUCGGAAUGGGUAUCCAGAGUACAAUGUCUGGAUCGGGGGAGAAGAGGUGGACUUCAGAGUUCCAGAUUCCUUUCUGGGGUGGAAGUCCAGCUGCAUCACCUGGGAGUCAGAGAUGGGGGUGAUCACCCUUGGGAUUGGUAAUUUUGUCUUGGCACGAAGAGUUGUGCAAAAGGGCCAUUGCAUCGGACCCCCUGCUGUGAUUAUGUUGGGGGAAGUUGUCUGGCAAACUGCUGAUGAAGUCGACUUCAGUGGGGAGAUUAAAGACGUGUACAUGUGGAAUGCCACAAUCCCAAUGAGGGAUCUGAGAAGGACCUCCUGGGACUCCCUGUCUCCGUCUCCCAUCAUCAACUGGAGAAACCUGCAGUAUGAGAUUAAAGGCAACGUGACUCUUGUCUGACGCUGAGCAGAAACAACGGCCUUGGUUUCCACCUCCUCUGCUACAUGUAUUCAGAUCCACUGCUGGGUGAUGUGGCUUCCCCCUGUCCGGCACUGUAAAGACCUGCCCCAUUUCCUUGACUGUUUCCCAUUUUC